CGCAGAGGGCAGGGGAUAAGGCGACAGCUGUGUAGGUGCAGAUCUUGGAGUUUUUUUGGGGGGUUGGCGAAAGUCGUGUGUGGGGGAGGUGAAGAGAAAGGUCGUGGAGGACUUUCGAUGGGCGGUGCAUCCAGAAAGAGAGCAGCUGACGUCCCCAAAUUGUACUUGAAGCUUGAAGGAGCAAGCUUGAAGGAGUUUGGAGAGCGGGCCAGGCUGGGGACACUGGAGAGAGCGCGCAGAAGUUGAGAUUUAGAAGUCGAGAUUUGAUUUGACUUCAAGGAGAGUGGGGAAUUCAAAAAGCCUGGAGCUUACAUCAGCAUGGCAAGCCUACUGAAAACAGUGGUGACUGGCUGUUCAUGCCCUUUACUUAGCAGUUUGGGUCCCUGUAAGGUUCUGCCUGGGAAGAAGAAUUUCUUACGAUCAUUUCAUACUCAUCAGACAUUGUGGUGUAAAUCCUCUGUGAAGCCAGGAAUUCCAUAUAAGCAACUGACUGUUGGAGUCCCCAAGGAGAUUUUCCAAAAUGAGAAGCGAGUGGCAUUGUCUCCAGCUGGUGUUCAGGCCUUAGUCAAGCAGGGUUUUAAUGUCGUUGUGGAAUCGGGUGCCGGUGAAGCUUCUAAGUUCUCAGAUGAUCACUACAGGGCAGCAGGAGCCCAAAUCCAGGGGACGAAGGAAGUGCUGGCUUCUGACUUGGUGGUCAAAGUACGAGCCCCCAUGGUUAAUCCAACAUUAGGUGUUCAUGAAGCUGACCUUUUAAAGACAUCAGGAACAUUGAUUAGUUUUAUUUACCCAGCCCAAAAUCCAGACCUGCUAAAUAAACUAUCCAAAAGAAAAACUACAGUUCUGGCAAUGGAUCAGGUUCCAAGAGUCACAAUUGCUCAGGGAUAUGACGCUCUGAGCUCCAUGGCUAACAUUGCUGGUUAUAAGGCCGUUGUCCUAGCAGCAAAUCAUUUUGGACGGUUUUUUACUGGUCAGAUUACAGCUGCUGGAAAAGUUCCUCCAGCUAAGAUUCUGAUAGUUGGUGGUGGUGUUGCUGGACUCGCUUCUGCAGGUGCAGCCAAGUCCAUGGGUGCAAUUGUCCGAGGAUUUGAUACGAGAGCUGCAGCUUUGGAACAGUUCAAGUCUCUUGGUGCUGAGCCCUUGGAGGUGGACUUGAAGGAAUCUGGUGAAGGUCAGGGAGGCUAUGCAAAAGAGAUGUCCAAAGAGUUCAUUGAAGCUGAAAUGAAACUCUUUGCUCAGCAAUGCAAGGAAGUGGACAUUCUUAUCAGCACAGCACUUAUUCCAGGUAAGCCACUAAGUAAAUGGUUAUCUGUAAAGUACUUUUACUAAUGAUUUUUUUUUAAAUGAGGGUGAAUAGUCUAACAUUUCAAUUUCUAUAAGUAAACAAUUUUUCUAUUAUAAAACAGCUAGAAAAUGAUACAGCACAUGGCACAAAUCAUAGUACCCCUGGAGAUAAGCCAUCAAUAAUUUGUUCUGUUUUCUUCCAAAAUGUUUUUA